UAGCCCCUACCCCCUUCCUGGUGGGAGGGCCGCGCCUCUCACUUCCCUCUCCAAGGUGGAACUCGCAGCGCGCGCGUUUCCUCGGCCCCGCGUCUGCAGAAGGGAGCCGCGCGCGCGCACGCAUUGGUCGCUCCUCGACUCACCCCCCCCCCCCCCCCUCUCUCUCUGCUCCUCCAGACUCUCCUCUGCUGCCCGAGACUCUCCUCGGGUCCCCUAGACUCUGUCUCCUUCUUUCCGUAUCUCGCGACUCCUUCCUGUUCCCCGCUCCUCUUUCUCGCUCUCUUCUUCCUCUGCGCUCUCCUCGCCAACCCCCCCCCCCCACUCUCUUUCUCCGCCGCGCUGCAGCGGAGGGGGAGGCGCUGAGCCUGAAGCUUGGGGCUUCCUACCGGAGGAGAGAGGAGCAGGGAGAAAGAAGCGAGAGCUAAGAGAGAGAGAAAGUGAAGAGAGGAGCAAGACACGCAGCAGCGUCGGUUACAGAACUCAGCGCGCAAAGACCAAAACGUACACACACACAGCCAAAGAUCCUCCGUAUAGCGUUUAACGGACUCUUGGAGCAAGUGCCGUUCGAGAGCACAUAUUACAUACACACACAUACACACACACUGCGCGCGCGUGCACAUACUCUGACAACGUGUACAUUACACUCCAACGCUACACUCAUACAGAGCUCACCCCUACACACCAACCCGCCACAGCACACUCACGCCGCUACUCUCGACCCCCUUACACCCCUACCCCUCCACGCGCCAACACCCCCUACACACUCGACUCGUCGUCCCGCGGACGCUAUGGGUGCUACCGGCGCGGCGCUGGGGACUCUGCUGGUGGCACUCGCGGUUCUCCUGGAGCCCGUGGAGCCUCUGGAGCCCGCGCAGGCGGCAGCAGCAGGACGAGAGGGCCCCGCGUACGCGAGGCAGCCGCUGGGCCGUGGCACGAUUCGCAAGAGGUUGGUGCCGGGUCCGCCCGGCUCCGCGCGCCUCGUGUCUCUGUCGCGGGACGAGGUGGUGGUGCUGGGAGCCGGGGCCACGCGGCACAGCGGGGUGAACGUGUGCGAGGGGGGGCGGUGCUGCCCGGGGUGGACGAUGGGACCCGACUCCCAGCGCUGUUCCGUGCCUCUGUGCCACCCCCCGUGCCUCAACGGGGGCAUCUGCAUACGGCCGCAGGUGUGCGUGUGCCAGCCCGGGUCCCGUGGCCGCAGCUGCCAGGAGCUCACCUCUCCACCCCCCGCAGCGCCGGCCAUCCCCCUUCCUCCGGCGGCGGCCCUGCCAUUGCCCCUGGCCGUGCCCUUCGCCCAGGCUGGGAUGCCCUCGCUACCCCCGGCUGCCCUCGUCGCGCCGCCGCGGGGUCCCAAACGAUCGGCGGAGCGCGCCGUGGGCCCCCCCGACUCCCACGAGGCGCCGGGGUCCGCGCCGGGCGUGUCGCUGCUGCGGAAGGGCCCGGGCGAGGGGACGGCGGUGGUGGUGAUGGGCACGCCGGGGAUGCCCUCGCCGCAUGUUCCGCUGCCCCAGGACCUGCCCUCCCUGCGGGACCUGCCCUCGUCGCCUGAGGAGGUGCAAGAGCUGCUGCGCACGGCGCCCGAACGCGUAGCGCAGAUGCUGGCGGGGUCCCUGGGCGAGGCGGCGCGACGCCUGGGGGGGGCCCCGGGAGGAGCUGGGGCCCCGGGAAGUCCGGGGACGCCUGACUGGGCUAUGCUGAGCGCCGUGGAGGAGGCGGCGCAGAAGAUCCUGAGCCCCUUGGGGGGCACGGCGCACAUGACCGUGCGCAUCCAGAGGCAGCCGGCGUUGGUGAUGUCCAACCAGGUGCGGACGGUACCCCACGGGGCUCUACCCCCUCCCCAAUCUCGGGGCACCGAGAUGCGCCUCCCCGCGGCGGGGGGGUCCCCCCACGUGAUCAGCACGGGGAGCCAACACUUCAUCAUCGGUGGCGAGGGCAGGGCUGAAGCAGCGGUCGCAGCAGCAGCCGCGGCGGGAGGCGGGGGAGCGGCGAACGGCACGGGGGGGCGCAUCAGGGUGGUGCUCGCCCCCACGGUGUGCCGCGCCGUGUGCUCGACCCGCACCGGGUGCCGGAACGCGUGCGAGCGCGGGAACGCGACCACCCUGGUGAGCGAGACCGGGCGCGGCGUGGACACCCUCACCGGGGCGGGGUUCACAGUGGUGGUUUGCCCCAUUCCCUGUCGCAACGGAGGCACGUGCUCUGCGGGGGGGCGCUGUAAGUGCCCCUCGGAGUUCACGGGAAAAUUCUGCCAGAUCCCGGUGUCUCCUGGAGCCCCAUCUGAGGGGGACCAUCAGAGGCCUUCCAGCCAGGGAGCCCUGAGAGUGGUGCUCCACCCGAGCGAAGCGGUGAGUAUGGACACUCGCGAAUCACGGCCUCGCUACCACAUCCUGCCUGUGGUGCAACAGUAUCAGCCACACCAGCAGCAGCAGCAGUAUCACCAUCAGCAGCACCAGCAUCAUCAUCAACAGCAGCAGUAUCACCAUCAUCAGCAGCGGCCCCAGUCCGUGCCCAUGGUGCCGGGAGCAAGGCUGAUUGGACGCGUGAGCAUGAACCGGGUGAGCGGACUCCAUGGGAUUCCGCGUCACGGGGCCCAGCAGCAAGGGUCCCUCGGUCGAUGCUUCCAGGACGUGGGGGCCAAGUGCACGGAGCCCCUGCCCGGGCUGAGCCGGCAGGAGGAUUGCUGCGCGACCCUGGGCACCGCGUGGGGGAUCAGCAUGUGCUCCAAGUGCCCCCCAAUACCAGAGACCCCCCGCAGCGGCCCCGCCCCCGCGCCCGGACAGGGCCCUGCGCCAAGCCCCGCCCGCACCCGCGCGCAGCUGAGCUGUCCCAGGGGAUUCAAGCUGGACACGCAGGGGAAGUGCCGAGACGUGAACGAGUGCCAGGCGGCGGGCCUCUGCCCACACGCGCACUGCUCCAACACGCAGGGCAGCUACCGGUGCGAGUGCGAGCCCGGGUACCGGGCCGACUCCUCGCGCACCAGUUGCCUGCAGGUGGCAGAGCAGAGGGGCAGCUGCUACCGUGCAGUGACGGCGGGCCGCUGCGUGGGGCUGCUCGCGCUGCCCAUCCCGCGCCACAUCUGCUGCUGCACCAUCGGCCAGGCGUGGGGGCCCUCGUGCGAACGCUGCCCCCCACCCGGCACAGCCGCCUUCAAGCAGAUCUGCCCGGCCGGAACGGGGUAUUACUUCCCCGUGACGGGCGUGCGGAUGCGGCCGGAGACCCCUGCCCGGCCCCCCGUGGCCCCCGUGGCCCCCCGUGGCCCCCGUGGCCCCUGCCGCUGUUCCCCGCGUCCCUGUCAGGGAGCCGCCCCCCUCUGUGCGCCUCUCGCCUAUCGUCACUCCGCCACCGUGCUCGCGGUGCGCCCGCUACCGCCCACGCCGGUGGUGGCCGUGGAGCCGGAGGUCGUGACGGCAGCGGCGCAGGUCAUCGGGGUCACGCAGGUCACAGACGUGGACGUGUGUGCGGUGAGCCCCGGGGUGUGCGGGGAGGGGCGCUGCGUGCGUUGGCCUGGAGGCCACACGUGCCAGUGCCACGCGGGCCACCAGCUCAAUGCGCGCACGGGCACCUGCACAGAUGUGGACGAGUGCUCGCUGGAGCCGAGGCCGUGUCAGGGCGGUCGCUGCGUCAAUUCCCCGGGCAGCUUCGUGUGUCACUGCCGCCCCGGGUUCACUCUGGACGCUACCACUUGUCGUGACGUGGACGAGUGCGAGUCGUCCCCGUGCGGGCCGGGCGGUCGCUGCGUGAACUCGGAGGGCUCCUUCUCGUGCCGCUGCCUCCCCGGCUUCACGGCCCCCCCCGGCGGCGGCGCCCGCAGCAUGACGUGCGAAGACGUGGACGAGUGCCUGAGGCCCGGACUCUGCCGCGGCGGCCGCUGCGUGAACCUCCCCGGCUCCCACCGCUGCGAGUUCUGCGACCCGGGAUUCCAGAUGAACACGGAGUGGGAGUGCGAGGACGUGGACGAGUGUCAGGACGUGAGCGUGUGCCCGGACGCUCGCUGCCUCAACACGCACGGGGCCUACGAGUGCGCGGCGUGUGGCCAGGGAUACCGCGCCCAGCUCGGGUCCUGCACCGACGAGGACGAGUGUGCGGUUGGCCGUGUGUGUGGUGACGCGGGAUUCUGCACCAACACGGACGGUUCCUUCUCCUGCACCGCGUGCCUCGCCGGCUUCCAGGCCGACGCCAGCGGCACCGCCUGCCAGGAUGUGGACGAGUGUGUGGGCGAGGACGUGUGUGACGGCGGCACCUGUGUCAACGUCCCCGGCUCCUUCUCGUGCCGUUGCCUCCCCGGCUUCCAGCCUUCGGCACCCGGCGACGCGUGUCACGACGUGGACGAGUGCGAGAUGGCGCCGUGCGGGCCGUUCGGGACGUGCGCCAACAGCGCCGGCUCCUUCAGCUGCAGCUGCGGUGACGGCUUCAUCCUGGGGCCCGAUGGCAGCUGCCACGACGUGGACGAGUGUGAGGACGCGGAGCCGUGCGAGGGUGGACGCUGCCUCAACACGGAGGGCUCCUUCUCCUGCGAGUGCCAGGCCGGCUUCCGCACCGGCGCCCGGCCCAACACCUGUGUGGACCUGGACGAGUGUGUGGAGUACGGGGAGGCGGCGUGCGGGUCCUGGCAGUGCGAGAACACGCCCGGCUCCUACCGCUGCAUGCAGGACUGUCCGCCCGGAUUCACGCGGGAUGGCGCCAGCAGCUGUGAGGACAUUGACGAAUGCCGCGGGAACGCGUCUGCAUGCGGGAGCCACGGAGCGUGCGAGAACAGCGCCGGAUCCUUCCGCUGCCUGUGCCACCGCGGGUACCAGGCGACCCCGGACGGGCGUACCUGCGUCGACGCUAAUGAGUGCGAGACGCUGUCGCGCGUGUGCGGGGAGGCGCUGUGCGAGAACGUGGAGGGCUCCUUCCUCUGCGUGUGCCCCCACGAGGAACACGAGUUCCAGCCCAUGACGGGGUUGUGCGCACCGCGCGCCCGCGCAGAAGUGUCCGCGGCGCACGGGGAGUGGGCGGGAGCUCACGGCCAGAGGCCGCCGCCGCCACCAGCGGCACCAGCGGCAGCGGCGGCGUCGAUGCCGUCGGGCGACGCUCAGGGCGACAGAGCCGCGUGCUUCUACAGCCCCGGGCAGGAGGGGGGCGCGGGGGGCCCGGAGGACGGGGAGGAGGGAGAGGACGCCGGGGAGGAGGAGGGGUGCGGGGCCCCCCUGGGCGCGAACGUGACGCGCCAGGUCUGCUGCUGCACGGUCGGCACCUCGUGGGGCAGCUGCGACGGGCGGCGCUGCCCGCCCUUCGGCUCAGCCGAGUUCCGGGAGAUGUGUCCCAAGGGGAGGGGCUACAUCCCCGCGGGGGACUCCGUGUACAGCGCGGGCAGGGGACGCUACAGAGACGCGGACGAGGUGCGCACUAUCGGCGCCGAGAUCUGCCAGCAGAGCUUCUGCAUCAACACGGAGCCCGGCUACCAGUGCUUCUGCCGCGCGGGAUUCGACUACGACCCCAUGAAGAUGCAGUGCUUCGAUGUGGAUGAGUGUAUGGACGCUCAAGCUGCUGGGGGGGAGUGCGUGAACACCCCCGGCUCCUACAACUGCUUCUGCCCCCCGCAAGUCCUCGACGCCACCGGCCGCCGCUGCGGAAACAGCUCCACCCCGGACGAUGUGCCGGAGGAGAUGGACAUCCACAUGGACCUGUGCUGGAAGCGCGUGAGCAGCGACUACAUGUGCAGCAGCCCCAUCGUUGGCAAACAGACGACCUACACGGAGUGCUGCUGCCUCUACGGGGAGGCGUGGGGCCACGAGUGUGCCCUCUGCCCCAUGCGCACGUCCGGGGGGCCCGAGCCCCCCGCCGGGAUGCUGCCCCUCUACAUCACGGACGGAGACGGCUACUACGGCGAGGGUUCGGAGGGGCUGCAGGGGGAGGAGUGCGGCAUCCUGAGCGGCUGUGAGAACGGGCGCUGCGUGCGCGUGCGUGAGGGGUUCACGUGCGAGUGCGACCCGGGCUUCCAGCUAGACAACUCGCGCAUGCAGUGCCUGGACGUAGACGAGUGUGAGGAGUCCAACCCGGGUGGUCCUCUAUGCUCCAAUGGCCACUGCACGAACACGGAGGGCUCCUUCAGGUGCAGCUGCCCCCAGGGCACGGCCCUGGGCCCCGACGGGCGCGUGUGCGAGCCCCACCGGGCCCCCAGGGCUCCCAGGGCCCCAAAACCCUCCAGGGCCCCAAAACCCUCCAGGGCCCCAAAACCUCCAGGUGCUCAGCCGCGUUCCCACCGCGCCCGCAGGGCCCCCCUAGCCGCUCCCUCCUGCUUCCCCCUCCCCUCCCGCUACCACCACUAAUAAUGUUAUUGUUGUUGUGACUGCUGCCUCUCUGGUGUGUGUGUGUAUGGUAUCGCGUGAUCCGUCUCCGUGGCCUCCUCUCUCUGGGGGGAGGGGUCCCAUGGCCUCGGUGGCUGUGUUUGGUGCCGAGUCGGACCGUGCUCGGGGUGCUUGUGUGGGGCAGGUGGUGGCGACUUGGGGUGGGAGAUGUGGGGAUAAGAAUGACGACGGGGAGAUUUGGGAGAAAGGUAGGGGGGCUGGAAGAGACGGGGCGGGUGGGAAUAUCUCUCACGACACAGAUGAAGGCCUCGUCAUCCGCGACACGUGUCACUAGAGGUCACGUCAGGUCACGGGGUCGCCCCUCACUGACCGCCCCGCGGUGCCCCACUCCACGAAACAGCGCGAAGCCACGGUGGGAGCAGAUCGAGCGGGGGGGGGGGGGGGGGGGGGGGGGGGGGGGGGGCAGUGAGCGAUGUGUGAUGUGCGUACAGGAUGUAGAAUGGGCAAAGGCGCUACCCAGCAUUUGCUGGCUCACGCAAAUGUGGGCGGAAGGGGCGUCCACUCGAGGCCACUCCGGUCGAGAGCCCCCUCGAGAAGGGCUAUUUGGCCUACUCUUCCACGCUAACCCAGACGUCUGGAACGAGGCGGAAUAACCCACGCUCUGCCCCACCACACACACGCGAACCCGACUGUGUGGUACCCAUGUAUAUCACCGCUGGGUGGACUGCGGCGUUGCUGUAUAACCUCGAUUGGGCCACAGCUGAUGAGCGGUGUCAGAAGCCUGGCCACUAUUAUGACAUAAUAAUAAUUAUCAAUGGGGAUAAUAAUAGGCUGCAUCCCAUAACGCUGUUAUUUGCCGCUUAGUUUACAUAAUUUAAGUCUCACUCGCAGCGGAGCCCCUGAGCAGCAGAGCCCCCUCCCCACGCACCCCCCUUUUAUGUUUAUAUUGUCCAUAUUAAAACGACAAACGAAUAAUCAGACUUUUUAAGUAAAAACUAUAUAUUGUUCCCUGCGCCCCUCCGCAGUUUUGCUUCCUCAGAGAGAUGUCCGGUUCCCCCUCCCGCCCCCAUCCAAACCCUGACUCCCUCCCCGCUAAAUCCCCUGCAUCCGGCCCUGACCCCGGGGGCCCCCGUGGGAACUCGCGAGUGAAGAGGUAGGGACCGCGGUGCCCGCGUGAACUCGCGAUGCGUGCGCGCGUCGACCGUGCUUCUGGUGCUACAGUCACCGCGUGGAGCCACUCGAACGUGAAAGCGGGCUGCUGUUGCUGCGUUCGGAAAUGGUGCUCAAGCUCAGACUUGAAACUCAAACCUCGCGCCCCCCCCCCCCGCACCCCUCCCAGCACCGCUGCCUCGUACACAGCCAGGGUCUGAAUUCGGCCGGGUCUCUUCGGGUUCGGCGACAAGGGAAAUUGUUCUACGGUUGUGCCGUGGAGUGAAACGUCGGACAUCGUGCCAAACAACACGCGGUCCAACCCCAAAAGCUAAAACUGAAAGAUGUACUGCACAACCGACGAAAACCCACGCACGACCGUGGCCAGGUUAAUAUUUACCUGCCACACCACUUCUAUAAUAUACCUUCGUUGUGACCACUAGCCACUGGCGCCUACGACUCUAGUCUAACAGCGACCCUGAAAAUGUUCAGUGAGAUAUCACCCCCGCCCCCCCCCCCCCACUCUUAGAACAUUAGAAAAUAAAUAAUUCCACUUAUUUAUCCGGAAGAAGGCUCGCUGAGCCUUAAGAUUAACUUUUUGAAGGUGGGUGCUGCUACAUUUGGAUGUUUGGCGAUGAAUGCCACGGAGCACCGGGGGCAACCACCCUUGGCUGUGCUGCCAUCUGGCCACCUCGCAGCCCAAGCCUAGGACACGUGGUGGUACCCCCGAGGCAGCCUCCUCUCGCCCAAACACUGAGCAGGCUUAACACCGCGCUUACCUUCCGAGAUCCGACCGGGCGCGGGACAGAGGUUGAAUAGUUUGGCCGUGGGACGGUUGCCCUGUGGAGGCUGAGGUAGGACCGUUGCCCGAAAUGUCCACGUGGUGGCGUAUUUGCUGCUGGGUGCGAGGCGGCAAGGUGCGAGGCGUGGUGGCCGUGGUGGGUGCUGUUGAUUCGCGGGGCCGGGAAGAGCGUCCGGGAGCGAGGAGUCGGAGCGUCCCCGCUUGGCGGUUGAAGCGCGAAUCACGUGGUGGUGAUGAUGAUGAUGAUGAUAAAUUGUUUGUUGUUGUUUUUUUAAUAUGAAAUGUACAGUUCAUUUACACGAUGCAGUGAGUAUCUCCGUAAAGAAAAAGUUUGUUUUGUAAAACAACCCCCAAGCUGUC